GAGAUAGAAUGACAGUGAAAUGGAGGAUUCUUCGGAACGAGAGAAGAAGAGGCCAGCAUUCAACCCGUGGAACGACGCGCGAAUUUUAACGCACGUCGCCUCGAACGUCGGUCGAGUGCCUGCGAUGUCGUCGCAAACCUACAACCGCAAUUCCUCGAACAUCGGGGGCGAGAAUUAUUACAACACCGCCGACCGGGCGUCGUUUGAUUAUUUAAAAGUUGGCAACGCCAUCCCAUCGUACUCGGUUAACACCGUGCACCUGCAGAAUCCCUACAGGCCGCCCCAACCAUUGGAGGAAUUCGCGUCCCGCGAUCACACAAAGGAUAUGUAUCGGACACAAGAUUUUAGUCUGAGGUCGAGAUACAACAACAAUCUGUUCGUAAAGAAGAAAUCGGCAGUGAACAACAAAAACUACGAUCAAGGGAACGAAAAAACGGAAAGUGUUGCUCCUAUUGCUAGAUCGAAAACUAAGAAGCAUCAAAAUCUGACAGAGAUCAGUGAGCUUGCCAAGCAGUAUUGCUCAUACAGCACCCUUCACGGCUUGCGUUACGUCGGUGACUCGGCAUUAUCAUUCGUAGAAAGGUAAUCGUAGAAAGUUGUCUGUCAAAUAAAUCAGGCAUAAGAGAUCCUUUCGACUUGGACAUUCUUUCAAAUCUGAGA